AUGCUCGACUACGCUUGCUGCCGUAUGCCCACAUCCCACUGUCGGAGGAGCCCCAGCGGAGCCGCAGCCUGCAUUUCCGGCAGGGUCAGCUCCGGGGAGAGCAUCAUAUGCUGCGCCCGCCGCGAGGUGUUUUGCCUGCAUGGCGACAGGGCCGCGCUGCAGCCGCUACGCUCCAUGGAGAAUGGGAAGCACAACGCCACAGGGCCGGUGAAUUCAAACGCCCUCGUGCGUGGCGGUCUAGUCGGCUGCGGCUGGGCUCGUGCAGUCCUGGCUCUCUUCAGCGGGGAGAUAGCGCCUUUAUGUGCACUAGCGGCCAAGAUGCUGAGCUUUUCUGCCGAGGAAAGUUGA